ACCCUGUGCUGCUGCCCUGAACACGCAGCUCAGAUGCCCGCCCAUGGUGCAAAGCCUGACGUUUCCCGACUAUGCCUUGAGUGGGUGAAAUCCGAGAGGCUGCUAUCUCGAGGCAACAUUGGAGUCUCUUAGAAACGAGGGGGCUAACAUUGGCGGUUGGGAACCAGACCUCACUACGGCGAAACUUGAUGCGUUUUGCGAGUCGAACUGCCAGACUGAUAUCUCUGAUGUUGCCGACCGACUGGCAUUAAGAUGCAGCGAAGACAUCCUGAGCCUGCAGAUCGGCAACAUCUCCUUCGCCGAGUUUGGGGAGUUUGUCAAGCACCGAUCGGAUAUGCUGUGCUUACGGGAGGAGAGCUCUGGAGGGCGCUUCUGCCAGGAGGCCAUGGCCGGAUGGGACAUCUCCGGGGACGACGGCGAUCUCACCUGGCCAGAACACACGUUUAAGUGCUGGAUCGACGAGGAAACGGGCGAGUGUUUCCCGGAAGACGAGUUCGCAUACCAUGAGGUCGACGACAUUCCGGAGUGGAUGUUCCCAGAGGGGGACUAUGCCGCCGAGGAUUACUUCCGGGACCGCAGCGGCGUUCUUGAGGGAGCCAAGCGGCACAGUCUCGGCAGCUCCCAAGCGCUGGAUUGGGACGAAUAUCCCCUUGAGAUUCAGUGCAACCGCUGCUUCUGGAAAACAUUUGCCAUGGGGCAGGAAAACCAGUGGUCGCAUAUGCGAUGGGACGCCUGGACCGAACAGACUUGGGCCAAUAUGGUCCGCAAUUGCGACCUUCGCGGAGAAGAUGCCGUGAUUAUUCCGUUCCAGAACCUCACCGAAAUUGAGCUCCCUGGAGAUAAGGGGCCGGGCAUCGACUGGGACCUGUGCCCCAGUACGGCUACCAUUCCCGGCGAUAGCGAGGAUAUGAUCUAGGAGUUCGCGCAAAAGGCAUCACUUCCGAUAGCGUGCAUCCGCAGCUUUAACCCAACCAGGUACUACAGGCCGGAGUCCCUUCGAGGUGCACGCCUCUGCCUGCCCCUGACCUGCGAGACCGCUAUCGUCGACGGGAUCACGAGCGUGCAGGACUUUGUGGAGAAGGAGCUCGAAAACGUCUCUAUGUGGCAGUUCCUCGAGUGGAACAAGUGUCUUCACCGGUCAAGCAUGCUCCUGAAGCACGACACGGUCUGCCUCGGCCCGUAUAGGGGCAGGUUCACGCCGACGACGACUAGGGUCGCGACGUCGACUGUUUUCACCACAACCGCAACCCCGGAUCCCACGGCUCGUCC